AACUUGGUGAAGUGUCUUUUUUUGCAAAAGUAGACUAUUUUUCCAGAUGAAGUAGAAGUCCUCUAGGUGUGUAUAGCUCCUUUUUGUCUCCCCUAGCGUUGUGUUUUAAAGUGUGCAGCUCUGAUUUAAACCAGGGAGCAAGCCGCCUAUGAAUAACUACCAUCUUGUUCUUAGUCAAUAACACUAUAAGCAAGAACAUCGAUUUAAAAUUAAAUUGCAACCCUCUGUUGUGUUACUCUGUGGUUAUGAGGAAAUUAAAAAUGAAACAUUCUUUAAUAGUUGCUGCAGCAUUGUGUGUUAAAGAUCCACCAUCAUGAAAUUUUCUCGUUUAGAUUAAACUCAAAGGUUAUUAAAAUGGUUAGACAGUACAGGGUUAUGAUGAAAUACUGUAAUUUGCUCACACUCAACAUCAUAUUACUGUUUUGGAGCACUAAUAAAUUUGUACAGAAUCCAGAUGCUCCUUCUAAAGUGGGAUGGAUGUUGUCUCCCUGGGUCAAAUCAGGUUUUCCCCAAAAUGUUCUCCAAUUGUCAAUGUAGCCCGAAUUGUUUUCCAGACAGCUAGACAACCAGUGGCUGAAUGACAACAUGUCACCACUGAUCAGAUUGGGGCAGGGACCUGGGAAAAUUAAGGAACCCAAAACAGACUGUAAUGACACACAGAAAGCUUUUUUCUCCUAAGACAGAAUAUAAACAUUUCACUUACAGUAGAACCCACAGCUUUGGCCAUAAACCUGGCCAGAUCUCCCUCCUUGAGUCAAUCACUUUUUGUCUGCUAAAGAAAGGACACCUCUGACUGUAUUUACUUUUCCUCUUGCCUUUCCCUUUUAAUGGCUAGCCAGAUUAGCUCAUCGACUGCCUUUAUGUGAGCCGUUCUGAUGCUCCACAUGUGCAUGAACAUUAAGUUUUUAAAGAGUAGCAUAUUGAAGUGAUGAUGUCAGAUUUGCCUGGACUCUUUUCAGCCAGACCCUGGCAGGAGCCAUGUGGACAUGAAGUGUCUCAGAAUGAAGCCGUGAUUUCCCCACACACAUUGCGUUAAAGAAGACCUGAAUGGAAAUAGAGGGUUUUUAGAGAAUAUGAAGUUACCCCAUCUUCCUGCCCCUCCGUGUCAAAUGAAAACAGCGAGCGCUCGCCCUGCGUCUCCACCUCUCAUGGCUCUGCCAGCUGUGCAGACCAAGAAGGCUGCCAAAAGAAACACAAGCUUACGUCAACUUCCAAAUAAGGAGCUGCUGCUUCACUUUGACCCCAACGAGAGAAGGACUGGGGUGUGUGUGGGGGUGGACAGAUCAUUCACAAGUGGAGGACAUCCCCACCUGCAGCCAGAUCACAAUGCUGAGAAGACAGCAAUCAUACAUUCAAAUGAGUCUGAAGACUGGAUAAAUGCUCAAUGCAACUUUAGAUCAGCACUGCAUAGGAAUUCCUUCCCCAAGCAAAACUCAUUAAGGCUGGAUUAUUUGAUGUCACUUCCCUGAAGUUGGUAUUUGUUUGUUACUAAGCAAUAAAGAUUAAGUUAAAACAACGACCAUAAAGCAUGCCACUUAAAUAAAGUACAUAAUUUGGCAUAAUUUCAAAUCCAUUUAAUGAUUCAUCUUUGAUUCUGUGGCCUGGUCGAGGCAGACGCAAAUCAAGUAUCUACCUGGGGACUUCCUUAUGUUUUAUGGAGGCCUUGCAUUGUCAGAAAACAAAUGGGGAGCAGACUGGAGAUCAAGAACAGCAUCAAUCAGACUCUCUUCAGCAAGGUCUGCAGCGCAAGUAUCCUACCCAGCCUUCCCAACAACAGCUAAAACAACAGCUAACUGUUGGUCCAAGGUCUCAUAGUAUAGCGCAGUUGCCCAAACUGUCAAGAAGACAUAACCCUGAACGUAAACGUCUUAGGCACCAGCGGCAGAGCGUUGUCUCCGAUACAGUGCUGGAACACAAACGAGAAGCAGCAACAGAAGCAGCCACAGUUUCCAGCUCGACAUCAGGAGUCCAACCAUGCACUGAAGACCCUACUAUCCAGUCUGCAUCAGAAACCCAAGAGGACCCCAAACAGAAACGUGAACGCAAGCCUCAGAAACCAGGGAAAUAUGUUUGCACUUAUUGUGGCCGUGCAUGUGCAAAGCCCAGUGUUCUACAGAAACACAUUCGCUCCCAUACAGGCGAAAGACCCUAUCCUUGUGCCCCAUGUGGCUUCUCUUUUAAGACAAAGAGCAACCUGUACAAACACCGCAAAUCGCAUACCCACAGGGUAAAGGCAGGCUUAGCACUUGGAGAGCCAAAAUCUUUAGAAGAGCAAGUAACUGAGUCAGAGGAUGAAACACGACAUCUUUCCUCUGCUUCAGCCCUUACAAAUAGACAAAACAGUGUGUCCUCAGUUAAGAGUCCUGAAGCUGACAUGGCAAAAGAUACCACUGGAGCCAGCAAUGACUCUUAUGCAGUGAAAAAGAGACUGGCCCUUCGUCUAAGUAGAGGGAAACAUGGUUCUCAGGAGUCUUCUGAUGAGAAGAUCUCGUCUCUCACAUUAGGUAGUAGAGGCAGUACAGAAUCUGGCUACUUCUCCCGCUCUGAAAGUACAGAGCAAUCACAAGACAGUCCCCCAAACAUGAGUGCCAAAAGCUAUGCGGAGAUUAUCCUUGGUAAAUAUGGACGUCUUGGACAGCUACAGAGGAUGUCCCGUCAUCAUAACCAGGAUCUCCCUGGUCAUGAGGAAAAAAACAUCUCAUUUACUGUACCCAAGAAGCAGGUUAUUGAUCAUAUCACAAAACUCAUCACCAUCAAUGAGGCAGUGGUGGACACCAGUAAAAUUGACAGUGUAAAACCAAGGAGAUUCUCACUGAGUAGAAAGAAUAGUUCUGAGACUCAAAAGAGUUCAAGUAUCAAAGAGCCCCUUCUUCACAACCGUAAAUGUGGAAAUCUGGGGUAUAAAACUACAGGCUCCAUUAGUAUGGGAGUUCCCUGUGAAAAGUUUCAUCACCCAUCCCAAAAGGUGGAGCAACCUUCUUGUCAAAUAUCCACUGCCUCCAUGGUGCGAAGUCUCUCAAUGCCAUCUGCAUCAAGUUCAUUAGACGCUUUAAGUACUGUUCCGCACAAAUUUCGCCAAACUCAGUCCUUUGAUGAACAACUUUCUGAAACUCAAGUGUUGCGUCGUUUCGGAACACUAAGAAGGCAACCAGCCAUUGAAAUCCCUGUUGGUGCUGAGCCAACGGAAGAAGAGCAAGAGGCAUCUCAUACAUUUUCCUGCAACAGUGCAACCACAGUAUCUGAACAGAAGCAACGUCAACCACAACCCUAUGAAUGUGAGUCCUGUGGCACUGGUUGCAAGGAUUGGGAAGGUUAUAAAAAACACAAACAAAACCUAUGCCAUGCACAUUAUCCUCAAAAUGAAAUGGUAAUGAGUCCAAUGGAGAGCUCGCAGUUAAGUAACCAUGAGGUAAAAGCUGGAGUUUCAACAAUGCGUAAGAGAAGGAAAGAUGAGAGUUUUGAUUCUGAUGACCUCUCUUAUCCUCCAUUGUCCUCUUCAGGCCUUUCAUCAAGACAGUGUAAAGAUGAAAUUAUUGUAGCUGUUGAGGGCUCUAGAAGACCAGCACUGCAAACCUGCUCAGUGAUACAGCACACUAGUUUAUUUGAAAAACAAGAAUCAUCAUGUCAUCAAUAUCAAACCCUAAAAAAAUCAAACAACUCUCCACCUCAUAAAGAAAAUCGCCCCAUGUCUAAAACCCAACCCCAACAUCAGUCAGUGAAGCUUACAGGCAGGAAGCUGGUUCGUCAAAAUAAUGUACAGGUUCCAGAAAUACUUGUAACAGAAGACUUAAACAUUAGCCCAGAGAAUUCAAAAGAGCCAAACUCAUCAGAAAAAAAACUGGAGAAGCUUGAUGAUUUUCAUUGGCCACAAAGGAGCCCCUCAUUAGCACAGCUUCCCAUUGAAAAGCUUCCCCCAAAGAAGAAGCGCUUACGUUUAGCUGAGGCUGCCCAGUCCUCAGGGGACUCCAGCUUUGAUUCAAUGUCUCUACCCCGUAGCCCCAGUCAGGACAGUAGUGCAUCAUAUGCAUCCAGCCGCUCUACAUCUUUUGAGGAACCCAGCAGACCAGACAUGGAAAUAACAGCAUCAACAGCGCUGAGGAGAUCAAGAGCCCCUCACAUGUUGACUGUGCCUGGGGUGCAUCAUCAAAGAGAGAUGAGGCGCUCAGCAUCUGAGCAAGCCCCUCAUGACCCACAACCUAGUGUUGCAACGGCUGAGACCCGUAGUAAGUCAUUUGACUAUGGUUGUCUUUCUCCUGAGCGCUCUGCAGUUGGCUGGAAAGAAAGACGAAAAUGUCUCCUUAUGAGACAUGCAGUAAUACGAGAUCAAGAUGAUGAGGAAGGGCAUAAUACCGUCCUGAGCCGUAGUUCAGAACAUGUGUGCUCUGAUAGAUUUUCUCAAGAAAGCCAAACUUCUGUUUAUGGCAGCAGGUCCUCCUCUCCCCCUUUAUCGAGUGUGAGAGUCUUGGGCAUUCCAGAGGGAUCACAGUGCAAAGAAAUUUUAACUAAGUGGAAACUCAGUCGAAACAUUCACGUUAAAGGAAUCACAGAACUGUCCAAAAGCUAUGAACCUUCAGUAGAUGUGAUAAAGGAGGCCUCGUACAUCCAUCCAGAUCCGGUUUCUCCUCAAGCACUACAGACUAAUCCUACAUAUGGACCCUCGGGGGCAGCCCGAGCCCACUAUCUCCCUGUGUCUACUGGGCUGAAACUAGAGAUUCCCCCACAACAUCAAACCUAUGCAGAGGUUCCCACCAGUCACUCCCACAUUCAGCAACGUGUCCCUCACAUCACUUCUAGUUUAGAAGAAUUGAGGCCAUUUACAUCUCCAGCAGUAGCCGUUCGUCUCCAAACAGACACUCUCACCCCAGCAUGUGCCAUAUACACUACUCUAUCUCAGUCCAUCUCCCAGAGGCCACAUGAGGCAUUCGACAGCAUCUCACCCAAUGUAAACCUUUCAGCAGGCAAAUUCAGAAACCGUCAGAGUACAAGUUUACAUCUGCAACCAUGGUCUGAUGAAUCCUCAAAGUUUCCAGGAUCCAGUGGCAACAAGCGUAUGCUUUCCCCCUCAAACAGUAUAGAGCUCCACCCUGAGUCACAACAGCAGCAGAAAAGAGUAAAAGAAGAAGAGGAGAAGGAGGUUGGAUGUGGCAACACAGCAGAACUUCACACAAUGACUCAAGAGCUCACACAGGGAACUCUAUCGUGCCUACCAGAUUCUUCUACCAUCUCACGUGCUGAACCUUCUUUCCCCAGCCUGCUCUCCAGCACAUGUAACAGCUGGUGCUAUUUGAACUACAUAAAGCCAAAUCCAUCUACUCUGGAUAAACAGAAGCCCUCAGUGUAUUCAUCAUGGUCUACUACUGGCUAUGACCCCAACCCACCUGGGCUCUGCAGCAAGACAGUACUCUCACUACUGCACUGUAAGCAGAGGCUCACUUCCUCCAUUUAUACUACAUCAUCCAUGACGGUCAGGAUAACUGAAUCUAUGGAGGAUCAGGACAGCAAACGUCUCUGCUCUACUGAGGUCUACAGCAGCCCGCCCUAUUGCAUAGACCAUGAGCGGAUGGCAAAGGAACAGCUGUCAACAGAAGACUUAGUGUCAAACAAAACCAGCAAGCAGAAAGAAAAGAAGAGACAACAGCAGGAAGUAUAUUUAUGUUCCAGAAAUAAACAACAACAAGAAGUGUGGAUAUCUGAAAGAAGAUCACAGUCCCAGCCCGGAGGUGUGUGUGGUGAAUGUGACAGGAAGUGCCAGAGUGAAUCCAGGAAUCCUGUUGUGGUCUCAGAAGAAUCCCAGACAUCUGUCUGUAAUCUGUGUGGAAGCACUCUGAAAGCUCCAGUGAGGCUUGAUGAGCACCUGAAACCUGAGGUAUGUGAAGAAGACGGAAGUCACCAUAAGGACACACAUAGAGGAGCUUUCAAAGACCAACUAGCUAAUCCAGAUCAACAGAAGGAUUUCCAGUGCUGUGAUCUGGUCAAAGAUGCUUCUCAUGAAGAUGAUGAUGGCACACAUAAGCCUGGCAGACAUGAUGACGGCAGAAGGUGCACAGUAGCUAAAAGUUCCCACAAUAACAGUGAAAAAGCUCAAGCAGAAGACCGACUGAUGGAGUACACAUGCAGCUCAUCCCUAUUACUCACCACAAAGGAAGUUACGAAGAAGAGCUCAGCCAGUGCCAGGAGGGCCCUGUUUGCCCGCAGACGCCUCAACACUUCUGCAUCAACAUCCUCUGGAGCCUCCCACACUCCAUGCACUCCAUCUCCAAAUUCAGGAAGGGUACCAUCUCCACCUUGCAGCCCAUCACCCAAGCCACACCAGUCCCCUGGACCUCCUUCAUCCGUCUCUCCAUCCACGUGUCCUGUCUCCUUGGUGCUGAACACAGCAGCAUCUCCAGUCAGGGCCCAGACCGAGGGAUCGGACUCUUCUGGGCUUCCAGGCUGCCCAGCUGGUCGAUUUGCUCAGUGUCCAACCUGUUCUCAGCCAAAGGACCUAUGGCCUGCUGCAAUACCGUUGGGGGAAAAGAACAGUUUGAUCCCGAUCAUCAGUCCUCAUGCCACAUGGCCUCAAGGAACCAACAAACUCCUAAGCCACCUCCCCCUGCACUCCCAACAGCCCAGCAGAACUCUGAGCUUCUUGAUCCCCAUCGGGGGGAUUCACAUGGUUCAGCCCAGGUCCACCCUCCCUCUGUACAGCCUGGUGGGCAGUCGAACAGCCUCCAGUAUCCUGAGUGAAGCUCCAAAGGUAAAGCUUGCUGUUCCGCAGCAGCAGGACACCCGCAAGGAGAUGCUGGCCAGCAUCCGUGGUGGUCCACAGAACCCCCAAGCUGCAGAGCAAACACCUGCAGGAGACAAAAGCCUCACCGUCCCGCAGCCAUCGACUUCUAGGACAGGCACAGAACGUACAGACAGGAAUGUUUACACUAAAGAUCAAAACUCAUCUGCCUCCUCCCAGAAACAGCUCUGAUAGGAGGGAGAGUUUAAAGGGAUAGUGCAAAAAAAAAAAAAAACAGAGUCCAGGUGACGAUGAAAUAUUCCAAAGCUCUCUAGUUAGAGUCAACAAGAACACAAAAGCACUUGAGCACCACUUCUGAAUGACGCUGUUAUGUAAUUAUCUAAAUAAUAUAUAUCUAUGUAGAUAUAUAUAGAUAUAUAUCUAUAUAUAGAUUUAUAGAUAUAUAUGUAUGUAUCUAUAUAUAGAUACAUAGAUAUCUAGAUAUAUAUAUAGAUAUCUAUAUAUCUAUAGAUAUAUAGAUAUAUAAAUAAAUAAGCACUAUGUUAGAUAUGCAGUAUGUUUUGUAAAUCUUUUUUACCCUUUUGUUUGACGUCAUCUUUGUUAAUUUAUUUAUGUGCUAUUAUGCAAAUUCUGUACGUUAUGCAACAGCAGCUGGAAUGAAUUGAGUUUUCCUGUUAACCCCAUUAAGACAGCUCUAAUACACUAUUGCUAUGUUAUUGUACUGUAUUAUCAGAACUGAUAUUUAUUCACUCAGAUCAGUAUUUAAAGUGCAAUUUGAUGUCAGGAUUGUGGUUUGAAGCGUCACAAAUUGAAAGCUGUGAUUCUUAUUCGUCAGAUUUUUAUUGUUCGUGUUUUUGGGUUUUCAGAAGCAGGGUUCUAAUCAGCUUUUUCUUUAGGAGACAAGCUCCAGGUGGAUAUCUUUGGAGUGCAGUGACAAAUGAUCUGAUGUGUUUCAUGUACACAGUGACUAUGGUUCUGUUGGAUUUCACUUGUCGUGUAUCUUUUUAUUGUUUUUUUUGCCUUUUUUUAAAAUGAUACAAUCACUCUAUUUCAUGUUUGCCAUUGCACUUCUCAUUUUUACAGAUUUAUAUUAAAACUGUGACACAUG